UUAAACAAUAACACAAGUCGUCAAAAAAAUUGUUAUGCUUAUAAUAGUUAUUUUUCGUGAUGCAGAGUGAAAAAUUAAAAUUUAUUGUAUGGCGUUUAAAAUAUUGUUCCUCGUGAUAUCAUUUUCAAAAAUUGAAGUUUAGAAGUUGCUCGUGUGAUUAUUUCCGGUCUUUUGAGAUUUUUGAGAACCUUAUAAUAUGCCGUCAGAAUCAAAAAUACCUGCCCAAAUGGAGAAACCAAAUCAUUAUUCCUAUUUAAAGGAGUUCAGAGUUGAGCAAUGUCCUCUAUUUCUGCAACAUAAAUGUACGCAACAUAGACCAUAUACUUGUUUUAAUUGGCAUUUUAUGAACCAAAGGCGUCGUAGACCAGUUAGAAAGAGAGAUGGUACUUUCAACUAUAGUGCUGAUGACUAUUGUACACAGUAUGAUGAAACUACUGGUGUUUGUACCAAGGGAGACGAAUGCCAAUAUUUGCAUCGUACAGCUGGUGAUACAGAGAGACGUUACCAUUUGCGAUAUUAUAAAACAUGUAUGUGUGUUCAUGAUACGGAUAGUAGGGGAUUUUGUACAAAAAAUGGUCCUCAUUGUGCUUUUGCCCAUGGAAAUCAUGACCUUAGACCACCAGUAUAUGAUAUAAAUGAGCAAAAGGUAUCAGAAAAUGAUGACGAGGAUAGUGGUGAUUUAGAAGGACCAAAUGUAUUAGAUAAAGAAAAAAAUUUAAUGAACGAAGAUCCUAAAUGGCAAGAUACUAAUUAUGUGCUAUCAAAUUAUAAAACUGAUCAAUGUCAAAGGCCUCCUCGUCUUUGUCGUCAAGGUUAUGCUUGUCCACAGUAUCAUAACAGUAGAGAUAAAAGACGCAAUCCAAGGAAACACAAAUACAGGUCAACUCCUUGUCCAAAUGUGAAACAUGGAGAUGAAUGGGGUGAACCUAGUAACUGUGAAAGUGGAGAUAAUUGUGCGUAUUGCCAUACUAGAACUGAACAGCAAUUUCAUCCAGAAAUUUAUAAAUCAACUAAAUGUAAUGAUGUUCAACAAGCUGGCUAUUGUCCUCGUGGUGUUUUUUGUGCUUUCGCACAUGUUGAUCAGGAAAUGAUUAUUGCUCGUGAAUCAGCUGCAGGCUUAGAAACAUCUACAGAUCUAGCUGAUAUACUAUCAAAUGCCAUACCAUCUUUAGGGACAGAAUGUCUUAGAUCUCCGGUAAAACAAUUAGAUAGUGAACAAAAAAUAUUAUCGAACGGAAGCGGUGAUCUUUCUGAAUGUACAUCAAGUAUUGGUUCUCCUAAUAAAGCUCCGGGUGCUCAUUUAUCUAGAUCUGAAUUUAAUGUACAACAAUACCAAAUAGCACACGAGGAUACUAUACAAGCUCUAUUAAAUUCAUUUGAUUCACAAUCUUUAUUACCUAACGUAGAACCUCAUAGAAGACAUAGCUCAAUAUUUGGACCUGUUGUAUCUAAUGGAAAUAGUAAUUCAUCAUCAUUUUUGAAUCAUUUUUCAUCCUAUCAACCUGCUACAACAAUGAAUGGAAAUCUGGAUGAAUUGGUAAUGGAAGAUAAUAUAAAUUUUUCUGUAGAUCAAGAACAUGAAUCUCCUAUUUUAAAUAAUCCUCUAUCUUCAAGUUUACAGGCCUCUGAUAUGUUAGGAAGCUCUGCCCCAGUAAACAUUCCGCUAACUCGUCAUAAUAGUAUUGGACAUUUUUCACCAACAAUAGCAUCACCUAUGAAACAAAUGCAAAAUAAUAUAUUACAUAAAUCUAGGUUUAAUCAACAAGAUGGUUUAGGACAUUUAAAUAUAGUUACUGGUCAUAAUUAUGGAUCUACUGGUUUAUUUGGUAUUGGUUCACCUGGAACUACAAAUACAUUUCCAAUUAGUCCUUCUAAUUCUAGUGAAGUUCAUAGAUUACAAGAAGAAUUAUUAAAUUGUAGAUCAAAAUUAGUUAGUUGGGAAUCAGAAAGAAUGUCUCAAAUUAGGUGUACGUAUGAUGCGUGGCAAAGAGAGACUGAAGAUUUAAAUACAAAAUUAAAAAUUGCUGAACAACAAAGAGAUGAAGCUAUUAAUCAAGCGAAAGCAUUACAACAAGAAGUAGAUUUAUUGCAAGGUUCUCCGUAUCUCCAUGGGUUACGAAGGGUUUCUGAAAUUAGGAAUUUAUCAUUAUCUGUAUUAAAAUCUUUACAGAGUCAAAUGAGAAAUGAUCUUGAAGAAAUUGAUAAGGUACUAUAUUUGCAAACUGCUACCAAAUGUAUGUUAUGUGAAGAAAGGAAUAGAAGUGUUACAUUAGGUCCUUGUAAUCAUUUUGUUUUAUGUAAUCAAUGUGUAGAUACAAUAAAAGAUUGUCCUUAUUGUUCAACUCCUAUUCUGUCUCAUACUAAUACAUCAACAUCGCAAGCAUAGAUAUAGUGACUAUUUUUAAGGAAAUCUAAAACUUAAAUUAUUUAUAUCAUUCAAGUUCUUGGAAGGAAAAAUUAUAUUUAUGAGUUUUAUAAAAUUAUAGACGUGCGUUAUUGUGUAUUCUGUAAUAAUGUGUACCACAUUAUACUAACUAGUAUUAUAAAAUAUUAGUUUGAGCCAUUUUUGUAGAAUUUAUACAUUUUGUUUUUUUUUUAAUGAUUACAUUUAAAUUGCAUUAAAUUAUUUAGCGUUCUUAUAAUAUAAAUUAUAUCAGUAAAAGUCAUUUUACUGGAAAACUAAAAACUUUAAUUAUUACUCAAUUAAAACUAAAGUCAUCUUAUAAACUUUAAAUUAUUUAUUUUACAUAUAAAUAGUUUUAUAACAUUUUAUUGAAGAUUAUCCUCAUGUGCUACAAUUAUUUUUCUGUUGAUAAAUAUACAGACAGACAAAUAAAACUAUAAUUACUUUUAAAAUAUAUUCUCAAAUCUUAAUAACAUUUUGUAUAAUAUAUAUUAUUCAUUAAAAAAAUUUUAAACAAAUAUAAUUUAAAUUAAUUUUCUCAUUGGUGAAAUAUAUUAAUAUAUACUGACAGUUAUCUAUUUAAAAUACAAAUUCAUCAAAUUCAUUGAAUAUUUUCUAUAUAAUUUAAAAUUAUGGUCUGUAAAAUUAUGGUUCAUCAGUGUAGCAUGUCAGGCUAAAUGUUCAUAAAUUAGAAAAGUUAAAAUAAAAAAUUUUAAUCAAAGUCACUUAGUCACCGAUAUAUCAAAUAAAUGUGAUUAUUAUUUGUGUCAAAAUUAUGUUUUUAUUUUUGUAGCUGUAAAUAUGAUCACUACAAAUAUAUAAUAAAAUAUUAUGAAAUUUUUUUUUUAAAUAUAAACUAUAACAAUAAAAUUUAUUUUUCUAUUAUCUGUAUCAGUAACUUUGAGGUAAUUAUUCAACUAAUAUAAUUUUCAUUAAAAAAAAAAAAAUGUAGCAUUAUUUUAUUAGUUAAAGUGCAUUCAAUUUUUAUAAUGUCUUAUUUUUCUCUAAAAUGUGUGUAUUCAUCCCAUUAAUUAUAGAUAUAAGAAAUAAACCAUGUCAUAAUUUUAAGAAUUAUUGUAUUAUUUAUUUCUAAGUGACUUUGAACAAUAGAAAUAUUGUAUUUAUUGAUUUUUUCCUUUUAAAUUGAAAAUUGAAUUUUUUGGUUAUUGAAACAUUUUCAUUCCUUCUUUAUUAUAUUUUCAUCUAAUAUAAAAUAAGUUUUACUCCCUUUUAUUUUAAACAAGCUAACAUAUUGUUGAACUCAACAAAAUAUAGUAUUAUGUGUUUCUCAAAAUACAUUUUCUGUCACUCCAUCUAUGCAAUAUUAUUUUUUAUAAUAUUUAUAUUUGAGUAGAUCAUUAUGAAUAUAAUUAAACUACCAUUAAUAAUUUAAUGGCAUUCAUAAUUUAGAUCUUGAUGAAUAAUAUGUAUUAUUUAACUCAAAGUUUUAUCUUAUUUACCAAACAUUAAUUAUAUGUUGUAUUACUAUUUAAAUAUUUUUAUUUUUGAAUAUUUCUGUGGUAAAUUAUGUAUUUCCUAAUUGUGUUUAUAGUUUUAAUUUUAGAAUUUAGUUUAUGAUUUUAAAAAUUAAGAUAGAGUCUAACAUGUUUUUAUAAAAUUAGUAGUACCAGUUUAAUAUUUUAGUAGGUUUAAAGUACAUAUGAUAAAUAUAAAGGUGAUAAUUGGUUGUUUCUUUAGAAAGAGUUGAAAUCUAAUACAUAUUAAUUAGACAUUAGGCCUUUUUCAAAGAAUAAAUUCAAUUGAUAGAUGGCUGUUUAAUUAUAGGAAUAUUUAUGUAUUUCUAAGAAAUAUCAGAAAUAAGGAAAUAUUUAUGUAUAUUAAUGAAAUAUGUAUAAAUUAAUUUUUUAAUGAAUGUCAACUUGAUUAUUAUUGCUCAUUUUGAUUAACAUUAUGCUAUGAACAAAUUUAAAUAUUUUGAUGUGGACUCUGUGGUUGAUAUAAUGUAUGUCUUUUAAUAAAAACCAGUAUUAUUUUUUAAUUUA